AUGCAUAUCCUUAUCACUGGCGCCGCCGGGUUUAUCGGCCAAUUACUCGCCAAAGAGCUCCUUAACGACUCUACAUACCGCGUUACGUUGACUGAUGUCCAGCAACCCCCCCUUCCCAAGGGCGUGGCCUAUCCACAGAAUGCCACUACCGUGAAAGCAGACCUCCUUUCUGCUGCGAAGGAGAUUAUCGAUUCCUCUAUCGAUGCUGUCUACGCUUUUCAUGGCAUUAUGUCUUCUGGCUCCGAGGCCAACUUUGAACUGGGUAUGAGUGUGAACGUGGACGCCACCCGGAAUCUGCUAGAGGCCUUGCGGCAUACUUGCCCAGGAGUGCGGGCUGUGUAUGGCCAGCCAUUGCCUGCUGUCGUCACAGAUAGCGUCAUUCCAACACCCGAGUCUUCUUACGGGGCGGAGAAGCUCGUCUGUGAAACGCUGAUUAAUGAGUAUACUCGUCGGAAGUUCAUCACCGGGUUCACUUUACGAUUUCCCACCAUCUCCGUUCGUCCCGGAGCCCCCACUGCCGCGGCAUCGUCCUUCCUCUCGGGCAUGAUCCGGGAGCCUCUGGAUGGGAAGGAGUGCGUGAUUCCUAUUGAGGACCGGUCGUUCGCCUCAUGGCUCUGCUCGCCUAAGACGCUCGUACACAAUCUUAUUUUCACAUUAAGCAUUCCGGCCGAAUCACUUCCUCCACAUAUUCGCCAGAUCAAUGUGCCUGGGAUCUGUGCUACUAUUCAAGAAAUGAUGGAUGCGUUGGAGAAGGUGGGCGGCAAGGAUAAAUUGGCCCUCCUUUCUGAAAAACAUGACCCUUCCCUGGUUCCAAUUCUCAAGUCGUGGCCAACACGUUUCGACAACAGUCAGGCCAUUGGGUUGGGCUAUAAGCGGGAUAGCUCGUUUGAGCAAGCCGUAAGGGAUUACAAGCAGAAUUUAGAGAGUUCUUGA